CCUCCCUCCCCGGCCCCACCCCUCCGCCAUGCUCCUCGCAGCUCUGCUAGGAGGGUGCGCGCUCCUAGCACGCACCGCGUCUGCCUUCAAUUUCAUCGUCGACGACUCCUCCGUCAACGAGUGCGGCAAUGUCCAGUUCAACUUUACAGCUGGUAGGCCACCAUACCAGAUCACUGCCAUCGGCGUCUUCGACAUGCCCAUGAACGUAACCGUCCCGCAGAGCGCCUUGACUUCAAAUGGCGGCGCUUAUCUCUGGGAGCAGUUGCCUUUCAAUGCUUCCUCCCAGGUUGUCUUCGUCAUGUCGGACGCCGACGGCUUUGCGACCGGUGGUGCCUCCAAGCUGUAUACCGUUGGGUCACGUCCUUCGGGCGCCCCCAACUGCCCCCGCACCGACGGAAACGUUAGAUGGACCUUCGCCGUCAACCCCCUUGACCCAAUCGAGGAGACUCGUCUGCCUCAGUGCAGACCCGUCACGUUCUCAUGGGAGGGCGACUUUGUCGCUCCCGUGAGCAUUAUCGGCGUCAUUCCCAGCGGCAUGGUCAUCUCUGGUGGCUCGAGCUCUGGUCGACAGAUCUCCUACCCGGUUAACGUCGCCCUUGGCUCCGAGAUUGUCUAUGUUUCCUGGGACGCGCGCGGCGUGACGGGCGGCACAAGUUAUGUGAUGCGCGUGACUGAAGGCGACACGAAAUGCUUGGACGGAUCCACGGCCAGCACCACCCCCGUACCGCCUUGGAACCCAAGCCAGACGGGCUCGUCGCAAACGGCAUCGCGCACUCAGGGCGGCAUGGUGACAGUCACAGCCAUCCAAACCGUCGUGCCGGACGGCUCAACGGCGCUGACGUCCGGCGCCAUCGCCGGCAUUGUCGUCGGUGUCAUCGCCGCCGUCGUCAUCCUGCAGGCCCUCAUUGUGUGGUUUUGCUGCAGGCGACAGCUCAAUUCCUUCCUCGCCAACCGCAAGAACAGGAAGGAUGCCCGCCGCACAUCGGGCGGUAUUGACCUGUAUGAGCAGCACCCAGGACAUGACGGGUUGCUCGCCUCGGGCACGUCGAUGCGCGACAACCACCGCCGUGCAUCGCGCGGCGCAUACGCCGACGACGAUCUCGGUACGACGAUCUCGCCCUUCAUGGGUGGCACGACGGACAGCGACUCGUCCCCGCGCAUCUCGAUGGUCUCGGGUGGGACAGGCAUGAACUGGGCUCCUCUGCCGCCUGGAGCGGCCGUGCUUCCCUCCGACCGCGGGUCUGGGUCCGACUUUACCACAUACCCGCCGACGAACGGGCACAGCCGCAUGCAAUCCGGCGGCACGGGGCAGUCUUCGUCGCGCCUGCCGAUGAAGAUGCAGCUCGCGCUCGCCAACCCCGACAACCGCAACGUCUUCGACGACGGGCAGCCGUCGCUCAACACGCCGGUUGCCGGUUUCCGGCGGCACGAAGAUGCUGGGUCGCUCAGCCUUCCCGCCACGCCGGACGAGCCCGAGGACCUGCCGCCGACGUACAACCCGCAGUGGGGUGCGGGUGGGCCCCAGCGGUAGUACAUGUCUUGAUCCACAACACGACCUGCCACACGACCUGGCCACACGUCCCCUCAUCCCGAACCCACGCCCUCCACUGUGCAUUGAUGGACCCUUGAUGUAUAUUAGCAGUUUAAUAGCGCUUGCUGCGCGCCCUCUACGCCUCGCCGGCCGGUGGCCCGUGGAUCUCCUCGUAAUCGUAAAAUUGGUAGUGUUUGGACACACGCUCUGCAGGGCCUGGCAUGGGAUCUGGCAUCUGUC